GCGGGCGCGGCCCGAGACUCGGCGAGGCGGGAGACGGCUCCGGACGGCCAGUGGGACGGCCCAGAGAAGAGGACCCUGAGGUGCUGGCAUCCAGUUCUGAGCAGCUGUUGGAAGUCCACUAAGAGGACCUGGGAGGAGGUGCCCAGACGGUGACCGGCCUCUGAGGACCUGCAGCACAGGCCACCAUUGUCUCUGCUGCCUGUUCUGAGAAUCAAGUGCCACGAAGAUGUCAAACCCGUUCCUGAAACAAGUGUUCAACAAGGAUAAGACAUUCAGGCCCAAACGCAAGUUCGAGCCCGGCACACAGCGCUUCGAACUACACAAGCGCGCGCAGGCUUCUCUGAACGCGGGGCUGGACCUGCGGCUGGCUGUUCAGCUGCCGCCGGGUGAGGAUCUCAACGACUGGGUGGCCGUGCACGUGGUGGACUUCUUCAACCGCGUCAACCUCAUCUAUGGCACCAUCAGCGACGGCUGCACCGAGCAGUCGUGCCCGGUCAUGUCUGGGGGCCCCAAGUACGAGUACCGCUGGCAGGACGAGCAGCGCUUCCGGAAGCCCACGGCGCUUUCAGCACCCCGCUACAUGGACCUGCUUAUGGACUGGAUCGAGGUGCAGAUCAACAAUGAGGGUCUCUUCCCCACUAAUGUUGGUACGCCAUUUCCCAAGACCUUCCUGCAGGCAGUGCGCAAGAUCCUGUCUCGGCUGUUCCGUGUGUUCGUGCACGUGUACAUCCACCACUUCGACCGCAUCGCACAGAUGGGCUCCGAGGCACACGUGAACACCUGCUACAAGCACUUCUACUACUUUGUCACGGAGUUCAGCCUCAUUGACCCCAAAGAGUUGGAGCCCCUGAAGGAGAUGACAUCACGGAUGUGUCACUGAGGGCCCCUCCCGGCCACCAAGACUUGGGGAGACAACUGUGUGCAGCCUGUGUCUCAGGAGCAUUACACCCUCAUCCCGAUGUCUGAGGAACAGCAGGACCAUGGCUUCUGCCCUCUCGUGGUGACUGUGAGCCCUCUGGCUCGAACCCGGCCCCUUGCCAGCGGCAUCCAGGGGCUGGACUUGAAUUCUGGACACUGGCUUUCAGCCACUGGGUUUACACUGGGUUUGUACUAGGGCAGGAUCUAGAGCCGUUGCUGGCCACCCUUGUCCCUUCUCCAUGGCUCUUUACACUUGCCAACCUGGAAGGGAGGUGCCACCAGAUCUCUGUUUACAGCCACACUGUAUGUGGUGACCUCAUAGGCAGCCAGCAUACCUUCAAACACGUACUGCUGUGCCAUGGGCUCUCCUGCCCAGCACCCCAGGGCAGGACUCCCAUUAUCGGGUGUUCUGAGGGGUCUUUAGGUCUGGAAGGGUACAUGCACUGCAUGCCUGUGACCCCAGAACUCUGCAGGCAGCUGCAAGGAGGAUUGCUACAACUUGAGGCCACUCUGACCUCCACAAUGAGGGUCAGGCCAGCCAGGAUCCUAUAACAAGAUUGUCUUUUAAAAAAAUGUAAAGGAGCCAGUGGAGUGGCACAAGUCUUUAAUCCCAGUGCUCAGGAGGCAGA